AUGGGUAACCCUUGGACGGUUCGACAGAUGAGACGACUUUAUGAGUCGUAUACCCCCGACAUAUUUUUUGUGUCGGAAACAAAGGUUACAAAAAAUAUUGUGGAGCAAAAAAAGGAGAUUUUGGGGUUUUCUAGUGCGUAUGGUGUAUCGAGUGUGGGUAGAGCAGGAGGUCUUUGCAUUUUUUGGAAAGACGAGACUAUUUCUUUCUCUUUGGUCUCGUUUUCUCAUAAUCAUAUUUGUGGUGAUGUGGUUAGUAGGGGUGAUAAAACUUGGAGAUUUGUGGGGAUCUAUGGAUGGCCGGAGGAGGAAAAUAAACAAAAAACAUGGACGUUGAUUAAAAAUCUAUGUGAGGAGUAUCAGGGGUCGAUUGUUUUUGGUGGUGAUUUUAAUGAAAUCUUGAGUUAUGAUGAGAAAGAGGGGGGCUCGAACAGAAAUAGGAGGGCUAUGGAGGGAUUUCGUGAUGUGAUGGCGAAUUGUGGGUUGGGUGAACUACGAUAUGUGGGGCAGUGGUACACUUGGGAGAGGGGUCGAAGUCCGGAGACGAGAAUUAGAGAGAGACUUGAUCGAUUUAUCAUAUCCCGUGGUUGGUUGGAUUUAUUCCCAGAGGCUUUCAUCGAGCAUUCGGUCAGAUACAGCUCGGACCAUGCAGCGGUGGUAUUAAAAGAGAGUGCUGGUGGUGGGGAACGAGUAAGGGGCAGUCGUGGAUUCAGAUUUGAGACUGGGUGGCUGUUAGAUGAGUCUUGUGAGGAGGUAGUGAAGAAUGCUUGGGGCGCAGCGGCGGGUGAGCACAUUACUGAGAGAUUGGGGGCGGUGGCGAGAGACUUACAAGGGUGGAGUAAGAAGAGUUUCGGGAAUUUAAAAAAGCAAAUUGUUCGAGUUGAGAAAAAGCUUCAUGAGGCGCAGAGGGGCUCGACUUCGAGGGAGAAUUGUGAUCUUUGUGUGGCUUUGGAGAGUGAGCUUGAUGAAGUAAAGGAUGGGGAUAGGAACACUGCCUAUUUCCAUCAUAAGGCGUCUCAGCGGAAAAAGAGGAACUAUAUUCAUGGGUUAAAGGAUAGAGAUGGUGUGUGGCAAACGGAGGAAGAGAAUAUUGAGAGGGAGGUGGUUCGAUACUUUGACACGAUUUUUACCUCGUCUGAACCAUCUAGAGAUAAUCUGCAAGAAGUUUUAAAGCAUGUGAGGUCGUCUGUAACCCAGGAAUACAAUGACAUUUUGCUUCGCCCAUACACAAAAGAGGAGAUUUAUGCUGCAUUGAGUGAUAUGCACCCUUGUAAGGCUCCUGGGCCUGAUGGGAUGCAUGCUAUUUUUUAUCAGAGGUUCUGGCAUAUCAUUGGCGAUGAGGUAUUUACCUAUAUUAGCAAUAUUUUACAUAACUUUUCUUGCCCAGGAGAUGUUAACUGUACCAAUGUUGCUCUUAUCCCUAAAGUUAACUCUCCAACUGUUGUUUCUGAAUUUCGGCCUAUCAGUUUAUGUAAUGUAUUGUACAAAAUAGCGUCUAAAGCUCUUGUUCUGAGGCUCAAACAAUUUCUCCCUACAAUCGUAUCUGAGAAUCAAAGUGCUUUUGUUCCUGGACGAAUGAUUUCGGAUAACUCCCUCAUUGCUUUGGAGAUUUUUCAUACUAUGAAGAGGCGGAAUAACAGCAGGAAAGGCUUGAUUGCGAUGAAACUUGACAUGAGUAAAGCCUACGACAGAGUGGAGUGGGGCUUCCUCAGGAAGCUUCUGCUGACAAUGGGGUUUGAUGGAAGAUGGGUUAAUCUGGUGAUGAGUUGUGUCUCAAGUGUAUCGUACUCCUUCGUUAUUAAUGGACGAGUAUGUGGUUCGGUGACUCCCUCUAGAGGAUUGCGUCAGGGUGAUCCUCUAUCUCCAUUCCUAUUUAUCUUGGUUGCUGAUGCUUUUUCUCAGAUGAUCCAACAAAAGAAAAUUAAUUAUGAAAAGUCGGAAGUUUCCUUUAGUAAAGGCGUAAGCUGUGGGAAAAAAGAAGAAUUGAUUAAUCUUCUCCAUAUGAGGCAUGUUGACAGACACCAGAAGUAUCUUGGUAUCCCGUCUCUUGGUGGGAGAUCAAAGAAAGUGCUUUUUCGGGAACUUUUAGAUAGAAUGUGGAAGAAAUUGAGGGGUUGGAAAGAAAAAUUGUUGUCCCGAGCUGGGAAAGAAGUCCUUAUCAAGGCUGUUAUCCAAGCUUUGCCUACUUAUCUGAUGGGAGUCUACAAGCUCCCUGGUGCUGUUAUACACGAAAUCCACUCUGCUAUGGCUCGAUUCUGGUGGGGAGGGCGAGGGGACGAACGGAAAAUGCACUGGUUAAGUUGGGAAAAAAUGUGCAAACCCAAAUGUAUGGGGGGUUUGGGUUUCAAGGACCUUACAGUUUUCAAUGAUGCUUUGUUGGGAAAACAAGUUUGGCGUUUAUUACAUCACAAGGAGUCACUUUUGAGUCGGGUAAUGAGUGCCAAGUAUUACCCCCAUGGUGAUGUUUGUCAAGCAAGGUUAGGAUACUCUUCUAGCUAUUCGUGGCGGAGUAUUUGGGGUGCGAAGAGCUUGGUAAUGGAGGGUCUGAUUUGGAGAGUUGGAGAUGGCACGAAAAUUGACAUAUGGAGUGCACCAUGGGUGGGGGACGAAGAAGGUAGAUUCAUCAAGAGUGCUCGAGUGGAGGGACUAGAAGUGGUGGGAGAUUUAAUGGAUGUUGAAAGGAAGGAGUGGAAUGUGGAACUUAUUGAGAGCCAUUUCAAUGAACGUGACCAACAAUGUAUACUGGCCAUUCCUUUAAGCACUAGAUGUUUACAGGACGACUUAACUUGGGCAUACUCUAAGGACGGCAUUUAUUCGGUGAAAACUGCUUAUAUGUUGGGAAAAGGGGGGAACCUGGAUGAUUUUCAUAGGGUGUGGAAUAUUUUAUGGAGUUUAAAUGUGUCGCCUAAGGUACGCCAUUUCCUGUGGCGUGCCUGCACAAGUUCGCUCCCAGUGAGGAAAGUACUUCAGAGACGCCACCUCAUCGACGAAGCAGGGUGCCCCUGUUGUGAUAGAGAGGAUGAGACGCAAUUACAUUUAUUCUAUCGUUGCCCGAUGUCGCUGAAGUUGUGGGAAGAGCUGGGUUGUCAUAUAUUAUUGCCAGGGGUGGAAGAUGAAGCCAUGUGUGAUACCCUCGUCAGAUGGAGUGAGAUGGAUGCAACUGUGGUUCAAAAGGGAUGUUAUCUCCUAUGGAAUGUUUGGGUUGAAAGAAACAGGAAAGUCUUUGAGUAUACAAGUCACCCUGCCACUAUUGUGGGCCAGAGAAUUAUGAGACAAGUUGUUGAUUUUAAUAACUAUGCUGUAAGGAUUUAUGGAGGAGUGCGUUCCCCCGCGGCUACGAGCUCAAGCCGAUGGUCUGCCCCCCCGGUUGGCGCUAUUAAAUUGAACACAGAUGCAAGUUUGGCUGAGGAAGGCUGGGUGGGACUUGGAGUGAUAGCCCGCGACUCGGAAGGUAAGGUGUGCUUUGCUGCAACUAGACGUGUGCGUGCCUACUGGCCCCCCGAGGUAGCUGAAUGCAAGGCCAUUUAUAUGGCAUCCCGCUUGGCCAAAGCUCGUGGAUAUGGUGAUGUGAUUUUUGAAUCCGACUCUCUGGUAGCAACGAAAAAGUUAUCGAAAGCAGCAAUUUUCUUCUCGGAUUUGGAUGCAAUACUUGGGGACAUUCUUUCUAUGUGUAAUGCCUUUUCAUCCGUUUCUUUUUCUCAUGUUAAAAGGGAUGGGAAUACUGUUGCCCAUAACCUUGCUAGAGUUGUGCCUUUUGGUGUUGAGCAAUGUUGGGAACAUCACUGCCCUAGUAUUGUAACACCUUAUUUAGUAGAGUAA